UAAACAAUGAUUUAUGUGUAACUCAAAGUUUUAAGCCAAACAAUUUAGCAUUUGUUAGACCCGGCAGCAUAGGCAGCCAAAAACACAGCCGGCACAAAUUUUUCCAUCGGCCAAAGAGUUGGCAACACUGUUUUUACAUAACUCAACAAGAGAGAGCAGGAGCAGAACCUUUGCAUUUGUUUAACUAAAAUUUAUAAUGGCCAGCUCAAGUACACAGAAAAAGGACGCGUGCACCUUGUGCGAAAAGGUGGGCCUGAAGCCAUUCACCAAAGAGAACUUAUUUGGCUAUUAUAUCCCGCUGCACGGCCUGGUAUCUUAUGCAGCCCUUAGCGUCAACGUCAUGAAUCCCCAAAUUGUGCCGAAAUUGCUGCCCAAGAAGGAUCUAACGAAUGUAUUUCUGAUUUCAACUGUCCUCGGCAGUGCUGUCUAUAUCUACAAUCGGCCACAUUUAAAGAAUGUGGAUAAGCAGAAGAGAGGUGCGUACGCAUUGGUUGGAGCUUCGCUCUUCAGCAUGGGUUCAGUGCUUGCUUGGGCGUUGAUCAAGUCCGCAUUGCCACAGGAUAAUUCGCUGCUUGCAACACUUGCUGGCAUAGGCACUGGCGCAGCCAUUGUAAAGGUUACCACGGAUUACAUUCAAGAAGUUGACAAGCUGAAGAAUUAGGGCAGUCUAAGAUGCGGUGGAAACGCUGAUGACGACUUCUAUAUUGUUUUUACAUUAGGUUCAUUAAGUUGCAGGCUUGCCCAGGGGCAUAGUUUGCUCACAAACUCAUAAAGUAAAACAAAUAUGCUAACGUAUAUAUAUGUAUGCUGCAUAUU